AUGCUUGAAACGGCAAGAACUGAGCUAAAAAGACAACUUGAAGAGUGUAAAAGGGUUAAUGGUGAAUAUGUUCUGCUACUUGAUGCUGAGACAGCUGGUGAUGAGAUAGCUUGGUUCACGAGUCUCCAAAAGAUUUAUUCGCAAAUAUCUAAAAAAAUCGGCGACGUUAUUCAACGGAAAAGUGAUACCAAAGGUAAAGCAAUGAGAGGAAGCACAAUGAAACUAGAAAGAAUGAAAUUACCCCAAUUCAGUGGAAAUAUUCGAGACUACCCUCGUUUUCGAUCAGAUUUUGAAAAACAAAUCCUACCAGAGUUGGAAUCUGGAAAAGUUGCAUAUGUCCUCAAAUCGUGUCUCGAAGGUGAAGCAUUUGAUGCCAUCUACAACUUAGAUGAUGAUGUAACGAAAAUGUGGAAGCGAUUAGAUGAGAAAUAUGGUCUGCCAUCAAAAUUAGUCGAUGUUGUCGUAUAUGAUAUUAAGAAUAUAAAGCACUUACAGGAAGGAGAUGAUCAAUCAUUUCUAGAGCUUAUAAAUACGGUUGAGAAAGGCUAUCAAUAUCUAGCCAGAAUCAAUAUGGAAUCUGAAGUAUCCAAUAGUGGAACAGUCAGUUUAAUCGAAGAACGAUUGCCUCGUGACAUUAAGCGGGAAUGGUCUAGAGAAGUCAACAGAUCAACCAGCAAAGUAGAAUAG